CACCAUUAGUGUUAAGGUAUGUACUUUAUUAUCUGAUUUUGCCAUUCAGAUCUGAGGUGGCAACUCACCUACAAAAGAGUUUUAGGGGCCAAAAUGAUCCCAAUGCCAUGGCUGCUUAAGACAACUGAGUUGCCACUGAGACCAUAGGGGAUUUUGUCCAUGGAAACCAUCUUGGAUUUGAAAAGCUGUCCUCUGUGAUAUUUGGGAUAGUUACUGGUGGUGGUAACUUAAAAACAGAUUUCACAGGAAGAACAAUCCAUUAGCUGUUGGAUAUAGGGUGGGGAAGACAUACCCAUAACUAGAAUGGGAAGACAUUGUUAAUUUUCCUCUGGAAUUGGAAUGAAAAAUUAUUGUCGCUGCAGAAAAAUGUAUAGCUUGAUUCUGCUUAAUAGAGCUUGAGCCAUAAUAUUCUGACACACACACGGUCCAAACAUAUGUCCAGAGCCUGACCCCUCCUUGCUCCCCCGCUGGCAGGGUUUUGGACCAUAGUGAGGCAGCAUGCUUGUGCAUUGGUGGAACGCAGGGGAACAGAGGAAAUGCCUAGUCAUUGACUGUUUGUUCUCCAACAUUAAGCGCAUCAUUGACAGGGAGUGGUGACGAGUGGGAAGAAAUGGAGGCAAAAUAUAGGAGAUCCAGAUCUUUUAAAAUGUCCUGUCCCCUCAGCUCCUUCAUGACCAUCUCCUGUUACAGCUAAGGGAAGGAAGGGUCAGAUAUGUUUCUCUCCCUCUUGUUUUACAGCAUGUAUGAGAUAAAAUGAACUAUCCAGUGCCUUAAACAAUUGCCAAAAUUUCCUGAGUGCCUAAGUGAGACUCUUAAAUCCAUGUUUAGCGACCUAAAUAUAAAAGAAGCCUGAUUUGCAAAGAUGCUGAGCACUUGCAGCUCUCAUAGAAGUCAGUGGGAGUUGGACCAGACCCUGAGAGAGAAAUCAUAAAAGGAGAAAUACUUCCAGUCUGACUAUUGAUCACACUGUUUCCUUGCCAAGCACGCAGUCUUUGGCAAGUGUCCAUUAAGCUGCAGACAUGUCCAUCGAAACAGAAAUGUGCAAGUGCCAUCACACAGCCUGUUUAUUCACAGACACAGAGCAAAAUCAAGAUGACAUCUGCAACAAUUCAUUUUUGAUCUUGUGCAUGUUUGGCAGCUCUUUUUGUGCGCAGAUAACUUCUGAAUCCGCUUGGGCUUCAGGAGGCGUAUCAGAUGUUAAUGCCUUGAGGGACAUGACAACAUACAUCAGUUAGUUUCAUGACCCUUGUCACCAACUUCCUUGCGGCUAGAUUUAUUUUCUAAACCGUUACCCAUGCGGUGGAAGUGGCCCUGAUAUUAACUUGCCUGGGAGAAAACAAAAAGCUGUAGAAAGUAGGACCUUUUGUCUUUAAACCAGCAUCAUGCUUUUACUGCUUUUAUAUAGGAGGCAUUAUUUUUCCAGUAGCACUGUUAACCUUUUUCUUUCUUUCUGAGUAGCUUUUCAGUCAAUCAGCCAGUCAAGAUAUCUCUCUACUCAGUUGCUGAACCAACCUCAACAUGUUGACAUGCAAGAGAAGUUCCACACCAGAGUCUGCGAUUGCUGCUCAAUUGGUUGCUUCUACUUCUGACCCUACUGCUCGCGGGAAUGUUACCAUGUUCACACACUAUACUGCUGGAACGCCACGUCAAGGACAACACUCGCGGACCAAGACAAGGAAACCCAAUUUUAGUCCACAGGAGACUGAAGUGCUUGUGCAGAAGGUCACCAAACACUACCAGCUACUUUUUGGGGCUUUAAGGGGGACCCCUGCCAAGAAGCACAGAGUGUGGAAUAAGAUCCUACAAGCUGUCAAUGUUCUGGGUUAUUGCAGGCGGGAUAUGGGGGAUCUGAAACACAAAUGGCGAGAUCUCCGUGGGGUAGUGAGGAAAAAACUUGGGGAACAUCAGAGAGCUGCAGCUGGAGGAGGGCCACCACAGUCCCUUGUCCUCACUCCAGUGGAGCGAAAGGUAGCAGAAACAUUCUCCACUCAAACCAUCCAAGGAGAGGGUCAAGGAGUUGACACCUUGAGAAAUGAGGAGGAGGAAGUGCCUGGUUGCACAUGGGUGCCUUUGAGGACUAUUGAAAUGCCUAUGCAAGCUGAGACAGAUGCGUUAGAGCAGCGGGGGGCACUGCACACCUCAGUUUCCUCUCCCUCCCCACCUUCCUCCCCACAGAGGCAGCAGCGGGCUACCUAUGGGAGGCGGUCAUCCCAGACUGCCCGGCAUCCUAAGCGGAAGUACAAUGUCUCAGAGUUUGAGAAGCAGCUGAUGGAUGCCCAUCUCCAGCAAAGCACCCUCUUGUCCUCCUGGUACCAGCAGCAGAGCUCCCUCAUGAUCCAGCAGAACCUCAUUUUGGAGAACUUAGUGGAACAGAACAAGAGGCUGGCAGACAACGUCGAGUCACUCAACCGGACGCUGGAGAAGCUGGUCGACUACCAGCAGCCACGCAGGGAGACAGUACAUUUUGUGCAAGACUGCACCUCUGGGACUUCUGCCCGUCUGCCCUCCCGGAUAGCCAGUGGCGAGUCUGUGGGGCAGUCAGGGAUCGAGGUGUUCUCGGGAAUGAUCUUGAAAGUCGAAGAGGAGAUCUAAACAGAAACACAGACUCUUCUCAAACACCAUUUUCAGAGUUUUUAAAGACCAUUCUCUAAAGCAAAUACUUUUUAUGAUGGGUAAAAAAUUCCUCGUGUUUUGUAGGUCACGGUAAAUGCUACAGUAGCUCUUUUUUUAGUGGGUCAAGAUUCUUGGGUAUAUUCUACACAUAGCCUUUUUUGGUUGCCCAAUAUGGGACAGGAUAUCAUUCUUUUUUAUAACCAGCAGCGCUGUCCAUUUAUGAGAAACAAUUUUGUAUCGGUUCUUUUUAUUGUGAAAGAUAUUUUUCUUACAUAAAUCCAAAACAUAUAAAAAUAAACUCUGUUCAUAUUUA